AUGGCCUCACCUCCCAACUGGCCCAGCGUCCCUCCAUCUUCAAGUUAUCCCAGGACUCCGACUUCGGCGUCUUCGUCUUCGUCCUCGACAUCCCAGUUUUCGAGGUCUUCCUCUAAUCAGGCCACCGCAGACUAUCAUGCCGCGAAGAGAGAGGCAGCGGAGAAGGAGCGCGAGCGGAAGGAGUGGAACAAAGCCCAUGGUUAUCGGCCAGAUCCUGAGGAGCAUGUUAAACGACAUAGGGAGAUCGCUAAACUGCGACUUACCGAGGCGACCCUGCGUUGGAAUGCUGGUCAGGAUCACUAUGGAGGUUUUGACCCCAGCCACAAGACCAGCGCAGACCACUAUAACCGCAUCACCGAUGCUCACCUAGGCGCCCAAAAACACCUCAAGGCGGCAGCUGAGAUCCAACGCAAGUAUGGCAGUGCUGGCUCUUCCGAACACAUUCCAAGCGGGCUAGUAGCAUCUGCACCAUCAAACGCGUACAACAACACGUAUGGCUACACCAAUGACGCCAGCGGUGCUUUCAACUCCCGGAUAGACAGCUCGGUGGCCGGUUACGCGCCAUCCCAUUCUGCCGCAUCCAACCCAUACUUGGACCCUCGCAUCAACACCUCAUACUCUGUGCAUGCAAGGCCCGCCGGCAGCUCCACCCACGAUGCGCAGUACUGGCAAUCGGGCAGUGCGCCCACUGGUGCGUCGCCGUACCUUACUGCGUACGGCACUAUGCCUGCGCCGUGUCCGAGUCAUCAGUAUCCACCAGGCUACCCGGCCGUUGCCCAGGGAGGAUCGAACCCUGGUCGCGACCCGUACGCGAUGCCUGACAUGUCGCGGCUUUCCAUGUCGUCGCCUCGUUCACAACAGCCUUAUGGAUCAUCCGGAACGUAUUACUAUGGGGACUCUCCAAGGUCAGAUCCCUAUGCCUCCUCGAGCUCCGGUAGAAAGCGCCAAUGA